AGAGGGAGAGCGGACUCUCCCCACUCUCGACCGUACCAGGGCAUUUGGUGUACACAAUUCAGUCAUCCUAAAGGUGUAAUUUUUAGGAAGAAAUUUGUUACAUUAGAAUUUUGUAUAUCAUGUCACUGGUAUGAAUUAUAUGUUUGUUUGACUUUGAACUACACUGUAGUUGUUUGAUAAUGGUGGUUAACAAUACGCAGCUACCGAGGCUGAAGUAAUUAAGGUAUGAUAUUAAAACCCACUGCUUACUCAUUGAAAGCUCAUUUUUACCUUAUAAAUAGCGUUCACAUGUAUAUUGGUUUUUCUGAUUUAUCUUUUCAGUAAAAUUUCCACACAAACCGAUUAUGUCGUUUACAACUGAGACCGAUUCAUCUGAUCAUCCACAUCCAUGUGAUGAACAUAUAUCACCUGGCAAUGAGGAUGAUGGUGGUGAUUCCAGUCUUACUUUACCUGCUGAAGCACAGUAUGAUCCAACAUUGACUGGAGCAGAAUAUUAUCAAACCGGUGGUUAUUGGCAUAUUGGAACACAAAUGAUGGAUUGUUUAUUUCAAACUGAUAGGAUUGCAGAUGUGGCUUUUGAUCCUCUAGAAGAAUUAAUCUGGUGUGUGACACGUACAGGUCAAAUGAGUGCAUUCUAUUCAACUACCAUGGAACGUUAUAUAACACUUACUGUACCAUUGAUUUCGGAUGUGAAUUCACUUGAAACUGCCACACCAUAUACUGGGUUAAAACAAGUCUUUCCUUCGCCUCGUCCGAUAGAACAUUCUGUUUUUGUUUUGGCUAAUAAUGCUUUACAUGCUUAUACAAAAAUGGGUAGACCAUUAGCUUCUGUUGUACAUAAAUCCAUGCUGGAGUUAGAAUGUUUAGCUGUAACUGGUCCUACUGGUACCUUGAUGAGUGGGUCCGGUAUUAGAGGAGCUGGUAAUGGUCUGGGGAAUUUUGCACGAUUUUUCUUGGGUGGUCUUCAACCAACCCUACUAGAAGUAGAUGCUGUAGAACGUUGGGGCGAAGUAAUCAAUACAAUAGAUGUUGGGAUUGGUGGGUCUGUAGUGCUUCGACCAUUCAGUGGUGGCUUAUGCGCUGGAAAUACAAAUGGAAAAGUUAUGAUAAUCGAUUCACGAACCAGUCAUGGUAUUGUACGUGAAUUAGAUGCACAUACUGGUGAAAUCUCUGAUAUGACAGUUGAUGCGAAUAGUCAUACAUUGGUCACUUGUGGAUGGUCACGUGUCGGUGAUUCUGGAUUACGUGUGGACCGCUUGUUAAGAGUAUAUGAUCUUCGGUCGGGUCGUGCUCAAGUCCCACUCUCUUCAUCACUAGAUCCAUGUUUUGUUCGAUUUAUACCUGGUUGCAGUGAUAGUUUAUUGGCUACUUCACAAACUGGUGCUUUUCAAACUAUACAGUGGGGUAAAAUUGCGUUUUCCCCCAAUGAUUUAGGUCAAUUGUGGUUAGGUUACGACCGACUAGUUGCCACAGAUUUAUCACAAAAUGGGAAUUGUGUCGUUUUCGCCACUGAAGCUGGACAACUACAUUUAUAUAUUCAUGACAUAAAUUUAUGCCAAUUCAAUACAUCACCGUUACCUACAGAAUUCGCUUCUCCAUUUCCAGAAAGUUUGUGGCCUACAAAUACACUGCAAACUACGAUCCCAGUAAAUUAUUCACUGAUGAUUUUCGAUGAUCCUACUAGUACACUGUAUGGUAGCAAUUUAGCUGGAAUUGGUAAAACAGCUGCUGAAUCAGUUGGCUUACAAAUGUUAGCUGCUUCUUUACAUCAACCGCCUGAAAGUUUAUCCAGUCCAGACUUUCUAAAUCUUGUUGAACGUCGUAAAGCGGAAGCAGCACGUGAAGCGGUUCUUACUGCUUAUAAACCAAUUGAAUAUGACGAUUAUCGUUUUUCAUUAGCCAAUGUUCCUUUUAUCGCUUAUCCACCACCAAUAUUCGAUCCAACGAAUAAUCAAAUUGAAGAUGAAUCAAGUUGCAUAUGGAAAACUAAACUGGAUACAAUGUGUACAUCGGAUUGGCCAGAAGAUUUGAAUGAAUCACAGCACAAAAUAAUGAAAGAAGUUGAUCCUGAUCUUUUAAAUAAUGCCAAUAGAAAACGAGCUGUACGUAAGCCAUCUCAAUGGGGAACUGUAUGGCAUCCAUAUUCCACGGAUGAAGUAACAGUGAACUCAUACACUACUCAAAAUAAUAAUAAUCUUGAUGAUAAUAGCUUGGAAACUGGAUGUUCUAUUCCAUUGCAAUUAGGUCGUUUCGAACAUGUUGCAAUGAAAACAACAAUCAACACUACCAUCACCACUAACAUCAUCACGGCAAGUACAUCAUCCACAUCGACAGCGGUCACCAAUAACAAAUAGCCUACAUUAACAUAGUCAUGUUAUCGUUAUCAUUAAAAUGCAUUUCAGUUGUUUGUUUCGGUUAUUGUCAUUCUCUUUUUUCUAUGUUAACAAGGCUUCAUAAUGAAGUUAUUCACACCACUACAUUUCCACCGAUGGUUUGAUUCACCUUUGGUAUAUAUAUAUACAAUUAACAACAGAACUUACAUUGUCCAUUGACAUCAAGUCACCAAUCAUCAUGUAUAAUCAAUUUUAUUUUAUAUACUUACUAUCAGAAGUAAUACUACUGAAUAGUUUUGUUAGUAGUUUAGAUUAUGUACAAAUGUUUAGAUUUUUCCCCUACAUUAUAUGGUAGUAUGGUAUUUCUUAUUCCUCUGUAUUGAUUAUACUUAGUUCAAAUCGUCUUUUACUGUUUUUUUUACAUUAUAUAUAUAUUAAUUGAUUAGACAGGUUUCCUUUUCUCAGUUCAGAAAACCAUACCCGUGAGGGGGGGGGUUACUGUUUUUUUUAAAUUAAAAAAAGACUCCACGGCUUUUUUUCCACAUUUUAACUAUUAUUUUUACGAACUCUUCAUGAAGGAAUCAAUGAGAAACAAUUGUUUAGACAAUGAUUGUCUGAUACUUUUUUUUUACAAAAGAAGUUUUUCAUGAAUAGUUUUGUUU